GACAAACUCGUUUAGGUGUGUCGUUAUGAUAAUAAGUUACAUAAAUAGACGCUACGUAAUCGCCGCGAUAUGGUAAACACAACGUGCUCUCAGUGUGAAACACGAGCCGGUUUGAAGCAGACGUGUGUGUUACAGUGUUUUUAUAAAUGAAGCAAUGGAUUUCACGGGAAAAGUCAUCAUAGUGACAGGGGCUAGCUCCGGUAUAGGGGCAGUUACCGCAAAAAUGUUCGCCGCUCAUGGAGCCACUCUCACAUUAGUAGGCAGAGACGAAGCAAGACUCCAAGCCGUGGCCAAAGCUUGCGAAGAAGCCAAAGGAAUUAAACCGCUACCAGUACAAUUAGACUUAACUGCAGUCAACAGUUGCAUUGUCGUUGCUCAGAAGACUGUGGAAGUCUUCGGCCGAAUAGACAUACUCAUCAACUGCGCUGGGAAGAUUGGACUAACCUCGCUAUUUGACGCAAACAUGGUGACUUUCGACGACCUGUUCGCGAUCAAUCUCCGUGUACCAUACGAGUUGACUCAAAAGUGUUUACCUUAUUUAGUGAAAACUAAAGGACAUAUAGUGAAUGUGUUCUCGGCUCCUAUCCGGGCACGACCAGGUUUUGUGACUGGCAGCAUGAUCGCGGAAGCGUUAGAAAGAUUUACAAAGCUGAGCGCAGUAGAAUUAGCACCGGAGGGAGUUAAAAUGAAUGCAGUAAGACCGGGUGUGACUAGAACUAACAUAUUGAAAAACAUAAAUAUAGAUGAUGAUGAAGUGAACGAUAUGUACGAGGCUUUAGCCGGGAUGGUGCCAAGCAGACAAAUUAUAGAACCAGAUGAAGUGGCUAGAAUGGUUUUGCUAGCUGCUAGUGAUAUGUUUCCUAAUUUAAAUGCAGCUAAUAUUGUGGUAGACGGAGGUGCGUCUGUGGCGUAA